AUGAAUUCUCCAUCCAUCUCUCUUCUUCUCUUUCUCCCUCUCAUCUUCAUCUUCUCUUUCCUUCAACUCACCUCUUCACAAUCUCAAUCCCCUUCUCUCGCCUGCAAAUCCACCACCUACCCCAAGCUCUGCCGCUCCCUUCUCUCCACCUUCAACCCCUCCCCUUCCAACCCGUACAACUACGGCAAGUUCUCCAUCAAACAGUCUCUUAAGCAAGCCCAAAAACUCUCCAAAACUAUCAAACACACCCUCACCCACCAAAAACAACGCUCCAAGCUCACCCACCUCGAGCUUGGCGCCUUGGAAGACUGCUGGCAACUCAUGGACCUCAAUGUGGAUUACCUCCAGUCCAUUGGAAAUGAGCUCAAGGCUGCCGAGUCGUUGGGUGAUGAACUUGUCGACAGAGUCACGAGUUUGCUCAGUGGAAUCGUCACGAAUCAGCACACUUGUUUUGAUAGUCUCGCUGAGUCGAAGAGUGGCAUUGCUAGUGCUUUGUAUGAACCGCUCUCGAAUGUGACCCAGUUGUACAGUGUCUCGCUCGGUCUGGUGACUCACGCGUUGGACAGGAACUUGAAGAAGAACAAGAGAAGUAAAGGGUCGAAAAACCGGUUUUUGAAAAACCCGAACCCGGUUCGUGAACCGCUCGAAACUCUUAUCAAGGUUCUAAGGAAGGGGUCUUGCAUUAAGUGCCAUCAAGGAGAAAGAACUCUUGAUGAAUUAGAAAACCAAGGAAUUCUCGUCAACCAAACUGUGAUUGUCAGCCAACAUGGAACAGAUAACUUCACAACCAUUGAAGACGCCAUUGCAUUUGCUCCAAAUAACUCAAUGCCUGAAGAUGGAUACUUCAUAAUCUACGUAAAACAAGGUUACUAUGAAGAAUAUGUAGUCGUGCCCAAGUAUAAGAAGAACAUUUUUCUGAUCGGAGACGGAAUUAAUCGCACUGUCAUUACCGGAAAUCAUAGUGUCCUCGAUGGCUGGACUACUUAUAAUUCUUCAACCUUCGCUGUCUCAGGCGAGAGAUUUGUAGCGGUUGAUGUUACAUUCAGGAACACGGCUGGCCCUGCAAAACACCAGGCAGUUGCAUUGAGGAACAAUGCGGAUUUAUCCACAUUCUAUCGUUGCAGCUUCGAGGGCUAUCAAGACACUCUUUACGUCCACUCCCUCAGGCAAUUCUACAGAGAAUGCGACAUAUAUGGCACAGUUGAUUUCAUUUUCGGCAACGCAGCUGCUGUCUUCCAGAGCUGCAAUUUAUACGCCAGGAAACCGAUGGCAAAUCAGAAGAACGCGUUCACAGCUCAAGGAAGAACCGAGCCGAAUCAAAACACUGGAAUUUCAAUCCAUAACUGCACCAUUCAGGCUGCUCCGGACUUGGCAAUGGACUUGAACUCCACAUUGAGCUACCUUGGCAGACCCUGGAAAGAGUAUUCCAGGACGGUUUGCAUGCAGUCUUACAUUGGAAAUUUGAUAAGUCCUGUGGGGUGGCUUGAAUGGAAUGGAACAGUUGGACUGGAUACUUUAUAUUAUGGGGAGUUUCAGAAUUUUGGACCUGGAGCAAAAACUUCCAGGAGGGUGAAAUGGCAAGGUUAUAACUUGAUGAAUGCGUCACAGGCUUUGAAUUUUACAGUGUAUAAUUUUACAAUGGGGGAUACUUGGUUGCCUAAUACUGAUGUUCCUUUUUCCGGAGGAUUAUUAGUGUUAAAUUAAGAUUGUAAGGUAGGUAAUUAAUUACUGUAAGAGAAAAUUUUCAUUCUUUGUGUUUAAUGGUGUAGCGUAUUUGUAAUGGUU